AUGGACACUUGUGAAAGCGCCAGAAGUCUCAGCAAGUGUUCAACGAACACGAACUGCUGGGACUGGCCAUUCGAGUUGAGGUUCAGAAGAACUCCAGACUCAUUGGGCAGUGUCACCGCUGCCAAAACUGACGAAAGAAAUUCGAACUACCUUAGAUACGUAAACUGUGCGAGAAGUUCAGCUGAACAAAAUCUAGUGGCUUUCCAGUAUGACGGAAAAAUGUUCUACAGGACUUGCAAGGAAAUAUGCCCAGAUGAAGAACUUCUGGUCUAUUACGGUCACACAUUUGCUAAGACACUCGGCAUUGAUCCAAAAAAAUUCUACGAGCCGGAUCCAGAUAAAAUAGAAAACUAUUAUACCUGCCAAUACUGUCAUAUUGGAUUGAGCACGAAAGAAUAUAGGGACUCACAUCAACGGAGGUGUCGAUUCAGGCCAGGAAAUAUAAUAACAUUUGAUGUGGAAAAGGCAGUAAUCUGUCAAUAUUGUUCCAGACUUUUUGAGAACUAUGAAGAUGGAGAGAAGCAUGAAGAUGAAUGCUUUUGUAAUAAGAAAUCACAUAAGAAAACGUAA